UAUCUUUGGUAUUGUUGUUAUAUUGUGGUAUUAUGGCGGAUAGCAGUUCAGAAGAGCUGUAUGAUGAUGCUAUUUGGGUGUUUUAUAAAGACAGAGUCAGUUGGAAGGAUGUUACACCAGUUCCGCAAGAUGAUGGACCACAUCCCGUUGUAGCUAUAUCAUAUACUGAAAAAUUUGUUGAUGUUUAUAACUACUUUAGAGCAAUCCUGAAAUCGGGAGAGAAAUCAGAGCGAGCCCUGCAGCUUACGAAAGAUGCACUGGACUUGAAUCCUGCAAAUUAUACUGUUUGGCAGUACAGGAGAGAGCUGUUGAAACAUCUAGGCAAAGAUUUAACAGAAGAACUAGAAUACGUUAAGGCGAUGAUUGAAGAAAAUACAAAAAAUUAUCAAGUGUGGCAUCACCGGAGAGUGAUUUCUGAAUGGCUGAAUAACGGUUCAUCAGAACUGGAACUUACUGAAGCUGCUCUCUCAUUAGAUGCCAAGAAUUACCAUGCCUGGCAGCAUCGACAGUGGGCUAUCCGACAUUUCAAGUUGUAUGAUGGUGAACUUAACUUUGUAGACAGAUUACUUGAUGAUGAUGUCCGCAACAAUUCUGCAUGGAAUCAGCGCUAUUUUGUGCUCAAGCAUACAACAGGAUUCACGCCAGAUAUUAUUCGACAGGAGGUAGAAUAUACCAAAGAGAAAAUAAGAAUAGCAUCAAACAAUGAAAGUGCAUGGAAUUACCUUGAUGGGAUACUGUUGCAUGCAGAACAGAACAUGGCACAACAAUUAAGUUUACAGGAAUUCUGUGAAGAACUGUAUGGUGCAGGCAGCCGUUCACCCUAUCUAUUGGCAUUUAUGGUCAAUCUUUUAGAGGAUCAAAUAGAGCAACAGCCAGAAAAGAGACCAGAACUGUUGCAGAAGGCUCUUGCAUUGUGUGAUGCCCUAGCGAAAGAACACGAUGUCAUCCGUGUUGCUUAUUGGAAAUAUAUUGCAAGAGUACUUGCCAGUAAGGCUUCAGCCAAUAAUCUUAGCAGUGAUUCAAGAGGGGGAGGUGAUACCAUUUAAUUUUAUGAACAAGAUUUUACCUAUCUCCUGGGCUCUGUACAAAUGCUGUUACUUUUAAAUGGCACUCUAAAUGAAUUCAGUUUAUUUAAGAACCUGCAGGACCAUCCAUAUAUUUGCAGACUAAUAUAUGACUCAGUGUUUCUUUUGUAAUCACUUUUAUCAUCUGAGGUAACUACAAAGUUGUAUAAAACAUAUAACUUGCAGUAUUUUCUGUGAUACACAUAUGUAUAUUACUGUACAUUCUUAAAGUUACAUUAUUUUUACAACUUGUAUAUGAGUGUUGAAAGAGCUUACUGCUUUCCACUUAAGAUAAAUAGCUUAGCACAUCUUUUGCUUUCUUAUGCAAUUAACACUGUACAAAGACUGUAUACAAUAAACAGAUAUCAACAGUAAACUUA